CACCAAUCGCUGAUUUCCUUGUAUUCUCCCCAAUUUUGUACAGUGCAUAAAAGGUUGUGUCCAAUAUUCAUGGACCAAAUGCUAGUGGAGGGGGAGGGGCAUUGUCGUACAUAGCACUACUUAGGAUCCCGGUACCUUACGGACUUGUUAGUAAGUUGUUACUUCACUCAAAUCCAUCAUCAUUGGUUAUUCCCAUCAACAUCUUACCUUUACAUAUACUAAUAUAGUACUAACUAUGUACUUUCUUGCAACUAAAUCCCCUUUAUAGGUGGCUGCUGAUGCAAGCCAAGCAUUCAGCUUGAAUACCGUCCUGAGUCCCACAUGAGGAAACUUGUCACCCCUCAUAAGAAACCGUGAUUCAACCCUGCACAUGUGAGUAUGGCCGUUUAAUCCGGUCCUAUGUAGAACUUCUUUUGAAUGCCUUAGCUACCUACAUGUUAGUUGAUGCUUUAUUUCAACACUUACCUACUUACUCCCUUUCCACCUUACCACCUUACCUAGUUGGUACCUUGGAAGUAUUUAAAACUUGGAAUAAAACUUGACCACCUCUUUUCUUAUCUUUAAAAUCCCAUUGCUCAUAUUUACCUAGUUAAUUAGUGCUGGGUAGAUAUAUUCUUUACAUAGAUUCACAUUCAAUACUUUUGAUUCUUCUCAUCUACUAGUUUCGGGUAUCCAACACCCUCAUCGUCCCCAAUAUGGACUUCUUCCGUAAGGCGGAAGAUGCCCUACAUGAUGUUAAAGAAGCCUUGACAGGUGAACACAAACAGGAACAGGAGCAGCAACAGGAACAGGAACAGGAACCACCUCACGAUAAUGACGGUGGCCGCGUUGACCAGCAGCAAAUAAGUACCACGAAAUACCGCUUCCAAUCCUUUGCGCCUGAGACAUCUGGCGCUGCCAAGUGGUAUGUCGAUGGAGCAUCCUACUUUUAUGCUGUGUCUCUAGCACUUGAAGAGGCUAAGGAAAGUGUCUAUAUCCUGGAUUGGUGGUUGACACCGGAGCUCUAUCUCCGUCGACCCCCUUCGCGCAAUGAGCAGUACCGUCUUGACAACAUGCUACGAGCGGCUGCCGAGAGAGGUGUUGAAAUCCGCAUCAUCGUGUACAAGGAGGUUACUCAAGCCUUGACCUUGGAUUCUGCGCACACCAAGCAUGCCCUCGAGGCUUUGCAUACGAAUAUCAAAGUAUUCAGGCACCCAGAUCAUCUGCCAACGGAUCGACAGAAGCUGGAGAAUGCCUUUGCCGGUUUAUCCUUAGACACACUCCGCCUGAACGACUUCAACCUCGCCAAGACUUCAGGGGAUGCAUUAAAGGAGCUAUAUGGUUCGUUCGGUGACACGGUCUUGUACUGGGCUCACCACGAGAAGCUCUGUGUUGUUGAUCGACGAAUUGCUUUUAUGGGCGGUCUCGAUAUGUGCUUUGGAAGAUAUGACACAAACAGUCACCCUAUCGCCGAUGCUCAUCCCGGAAAUCUGGAUGCUAUCGUAUUCCCCGGUCAGGAUUUCAACAAUGCCCGAGUCUACGAUUUUGAGGGCGUCAACAACUGGGACCACAACAAACUCGAUCGAACCAAGAGCUCGCGAAUGGGCUGGUCUGAUAUUGCCAUUUCCCUAAAGGGGCAAAUCGUCGGCAGUCUUGUCGAUCACUUCACAGAUCGAUGGAAUUUUAUCUUCAAUGAGAAAUAUACCAAGAGAGAUGCCGGCAAGUACGAAAAGAUUGGCUUCGGUGGCCCUGCCCAACGCCCCCGUGGAGAAGAAGAAGAAGAGCACCAUGGCUUCCUAGACGAUUUCCAGGGUCAAUUUAAUCGCGGUUUGAGACACCUUGUUGGUGGAGGUGAUGACGAAGAUCGAGGAGUUCGUGACCCAGAACGUAACAACUAUGACGGUUCUGGUGAUGUGAAAAUUCAGCUCUGCCGAAGCUGCUGCGAAUGGUCUGGUGGCCAUCCUACGGAGCACUCGAUUGCUAAUGCGUAUAUAAAUGCAAUCGAGAAUGCUCAGCAUUUCGUGUAUAUUGAAAACCAGUUCUUCAUCACCGCAACCUCGGACGAACAGAAGCCGGUGGAGAACAAGAUCGGUGCCACCAUCGUGUCGCGCAUUGUCCGCGCCCACAAUAAUAACGAGGACUUCCGCGUCAUUGUCCUCAUGCCUGCCGUCCCCGCCUUCGCUGGCGACCUGCACUCUGAGGGCGCCCUCGGAACUCGUGCCAUCAUGGAGUUCCAGUACAACAGUAUCAACCGUGGCGGUCACAGCAUUAUCGAGGCUCUGCAGCAGCAAGGCGUGGAUGACUGGCGUCGCUACAUUGGCUUCUACAACUUGCGUAGCUACGAUCGUAUCAACACCUCCUCGACCCAGCGCCAAGUAGAGAACGACAGCGGCGUGUCCUACGAGGAUGCCCGACAGGACCACGACGAGAGGGUCGGCGGAUACCCUUACAGCGAGCGCAGAGAGGAAGGCGAAUACGAUGAUUACGAAAGAAGGAACGAUGGAUACGGUGACUCCGGCCGAGACGAUAGCCACUACACCGGCCUCGGCAGGAACUACGAGCGGUACCAAGCCGCAGCGUCCAAGGUCUCAGAUACCACGUGGGAUACGGUGUCGAGCUGCUACAUGGAAGGCGGGACAGAUAUCCGCGACGUGCCAUGGAACGGGAGCCCCGAAGCGGAGUUUGACGCCUUCGUAUCGGAGGAGCUGUACAUCCACAGCAAGGUGCUGAUCGCAGACGACCGUCUCGUGAUCUGCGGCUCGGCGAACCUGAACGACCGCAGCCAGCUUGGCACGCACGACUCCGAAAUCGCCGUGGUGAUCGAGGACCCAACCACCGUCGAGAGCUGCAUGAACGGACAAUCCUACUCUGCCUCUCGCUUCGCCACCUCCCUCCGCCGCCAGCUCUGGCGCAAGCACCUCGGGCUCCUGCCCGACCAGCCCUGCGACCAGCCCAACGCCAACUGGACGCCCGUCGACCGCGACCCGCAGGACUACGACUGGGGCUCGGCCUCGGACCGGCUCGUCGAGGACCCCAUGAGCGAGGAGUUCUGGCGCCUCUGGACCGAGACCGCGCGCACCAACACCGACGUCUUCACCAAGGUCUUCCACCCCGUCCCCAACGACCGCGUCCGCACCUGGGAGCAGUACGAGGACUUCUUCACCCGCUACUUCAUCAUGCCCAGCAGCGACGAGGACAAGGAGAAGGACAAGGAGAAGGCCUUGGAGGAAGAAGAAAAACAGAGGAGCGAGGGCAAGGUCGACUACGGACACGUCGUGCGCGAGGAGUUCCCCGAUGGCGUUGUGGAGGUCAAGGACUGGCUCAGCCGCAUCCGCGGCACGCUUGUUGAGAUGCCGCUCGAGUUCUUGAUCGAGGUCGAGGACCUCGCUAAGGAGGGGCUUAGCUUCAAUACUUUCACUGACGAGAUCUACACCUAAGUGGUAGGUUAAGUACCUAAACAUCGGGAAAGGAAUGCUGCUGUACCUAGCCUACCUAGGAUGGAUAGCCGUUUUUAUGAGCCAUGGUGUUGGAUGCUGCUAGCUACAUAGUAGUCGGUAGCCCCCAUAGACUAAAUGAUGAAUCACGUUGACUUUAUAAA